CUCCGUCACUGCGGCAGCCAUUACCAGGAAGUGAGCUGGGGUAAUCGGACACCUGCAGUGCUACAGGGCUCUGCAGGUCCCCUCCCAGCAAGGGAGGAACCACGAAGGGAGGCGUCCCUGAACCGGGUGGACCAGUGAGACGCAUUCUUUUCCCAACCUGUGGAGUAUUUUUUUCUUUUUCUUUUUUUCUCUCUCACACACACACACACACACACAACAGAACACAGGGCUUUCCUGUAAAGUGAGAAACAAGGUGAAGGAGACGGAGGUAAACUUGGAAGAACAGCUUGGUCAUAGUCUCCUGUGUGUGUGUGUGUCUGCCGGCACAUAGAGAUGGUUAACACACUACUUUGUGGACACCGAGACUCAACUCGUCGGCCACGUCGGAAUGCUUUAGUGAAAAGCAGGUGAACUAUGCUCUCCUGCUCUCCCAGGAAGAUUACAGCAGGACAUGCUUCCAGCCACUGAGCGGCUCGGCUUCGAUAAGCAGCGUCAUGGGAAUGUUAUUGGCACGGAGGGAGGCUGAACCUUACUGCUGACCACAAACAGUCAAUGGAAGACUUACUGUGAUGUUAUGAAAGUCUACUUCCGGGAACCUAUUUGCUUUUUUGUCUAAACUGCAAAAGCGGGAGAGUGGUAAGAGGAGCCAAAGUGAUUUGUCCACACAAAGGCCUUUCUGUCCCAGCCGGCAGGAGAAGUGGAAUAGGAGCCUUUUGGAUAACUUAAGGUGGGAACCUUUGAACAAACUCUUCUUUGCCGGAGCUGCAACCUGUUUUGGUUUUCCCGCUUUCUGCGGUCGGUGUGAGGCUUUGAGCCAAAAUGGACGGUUUUAGUAAUAACGCUGAUGGAGCGGCAAAGCCGACCGGCAGCUCCAUGAUUAAUGUCUUCAGCAGUAUCUUCAGCCGAGAUGCGCAUGCCUUUUCAGACGGAGAGUCGGCCGUUCUGACGUCUUUCAAGGAGCUAUCGGAUAAGGGGAAUCUUCUACCGGAAGGCGAUCCAACUACUAAGACCAAGGUGGAGGAGGAUGUGCAUCAGGAUAAUGGCACUGCUUUCUGUGAUACAGGCCAGAGCGCGGAAUCCUUGGCAACUGGCGAGGGGUCUAGCGACCAAGUUAAAGCGGCAGUUGGAACCUCGCUUGAGGUAGAUCUCGUCCAGGUCACUUGCGUGGAAACCUACAGUGACGAUGAGGACGCCAUGGCGGCCCACGGCAGCACUGGUCUGUUAAAGCCGUCCCUACCUGAAGAAGUUGAUGAUGAUAAAGUGGGGCAUGGUGAUGAGAUAAAAGAUGGCUCUGGGAUCAAGGGCCAAACGCCUGUACCCGCAACACCCAGAGUUACGGAGCGAUCCCGAAUAGAGGCCAUUCUAUAUUCAGGAAAGUUUGUCAGCAGAUCGACCUCUAGGAAACCUCUGACCUCUACGGAUGCCAAACGGGCAAUUGGCCACGGUCCCAAGGAGGGCAAGCCCAGAACGUCUUUAGAUGUAGGAUUAUCUGGUAGAGGAGAGAAUAGUAAAGAAGAUGUAGGAAAAGAUGAAGGCAAGGAGUUUACUGGCAUAGAUUGUUCUCUACCCGUUCCUUCCACCAUCUCUGGACAUCAGGCCUCGGAUCAUGAUGCCACAGCCUCUCCUUUAAUGGAUUUAAAUGAUGCACAUGAGCUAAGGGUUGGAGCUAAGGUGGGGGAUGAGAAAACUUCCUCCAGGCAGGUGUCCUCCUCAGUUACCUCCACCCCUGAGACACAUGAAGCAUCAAUCCAAUCAAUCUCCGGCCCAGAGGACCAGUCGGACACGGUUGGUAUCCCAAAUCACCCUACUAGGAUUAAAAACCCCAUACUGCGGACGUCCUCUCCUGAAGAGUCCCCAGGUGACGUCAAGCCAAGUAUCAGUUCUCCCUCGCAGCGCCCAACAGCUCCAAAGACACCAGACACACCACCUUUGGCUCCAUCCACUGCAUCCUCCACCACCUCAUCCCCAUCCAGCGGCAUGCCGCUCUCUUCACCCCCAUCAUUCCAGAUGCCGGCUCUCUUCAGCGGGUUACGGGUGAUGAAAAUGGGAGCCACGGGGGAAGACAGGGGGAUCGUGUCAGAGAUCAAGCAGAGGGAGAAGGAUGCUGACCUGGCCCUGCUUAGCCUGAAGAAGACUGUAAACAAAGCCAAGCUCAUCCCCGAGCAGAAGACGGCCACCUCGCCAGCCAAAAAACGGGCAGAGCCUAAACCUGUGGCGGAAACUAAAAGCUCUAAAAUGCUCAGUCAGCUGCUUAGUCUCGAGAAUGAUUCCAAAACGUCAGACGUUGGGCCAGAUGGAGGUCCUGAACACAGCAGGAAAGGGUCUGUGAACGGAGAAGAGGUUCUUCGAAGCCCAGAAAGCUCCACACCUCCAAAGGAGAAAAAGAACACUUCGGAUCAGGCCUAUGACACCUUCAGGAGCAUCUUCGGCCCUAAAACUGUUAAACCUGUUAAAAAGGACAAAUUGGAAGAAGUGGAUCUGGAAGCAGUAAAAAAGAAAAUCAAGAAUGACAAAGAAAAUCUUAGGUCUAUCUUUGAGAGAACCUCCAAAUCCCCCGGAAAGGAACUUAGCAGUGCCCCAGAAGCUAAUACGGAGCUCACGUCCCCAACUGACAGUGAGGACAGAACCCCGGGGCGUCUUCAGGCUGUGUGGCCCCCACCCAAAACCAAAGAUGAGGAGGAGAAGGUGGGGCUCAAGUACACCGAGGCAGAGCACCAGGCUGCCCUCCUGCAGCUGAAGAGGGAGUGCAAGGACGAUCUGGAGAGGAUGCAUUCCGACUACGAGCUGCAGAUCUUCCAACUGCGGGGCGAGCACGCCGUCUCCAUGUCCCACCGGGAAGACGUCAUCGCCAAACUGCGGGACACGGGCCACGGCGCGGGCCGGGAGCGGGGCGAGCUCCGCGACGCCGCCGUGUCCACGGAGGACGACGCGGCGCCCCGGACCUUCCGGAACGUGAGCAUCCAGACGGACAGGGAGACCUUCGUGAAGAGCCCCGAGGGGCAGGGUGCAGGGCCCGCCCAGAGCCCCAACCAGACCGCGCCGAAAAAACUCAACUUGGACUCCAUCGAACUAAAUCUAAAAGCUGCCCCACCGCCGCCGCCGCCUCCCCCCCCUCUCCCACCAGGGCUCUUCGGACCAGCCCCACCUCCUCCUCCUCCUCCUCCUCUUCCUCCCCCUUUCCCGGGCACCACCGGAGCGCCACCGCCACCUCCACCUCCUCCUCCCCCUUUGCCAGGCACCGCUGGAGGGCCGCCGCCACCUCCCCCUCUACCGCCUCCGUUCCCUGGAGGUGGCCCGCCGCCCCCACCCCCACCCCCGCCUCCCCCUCCCCCUCCUGGCCUACCUGGAGCCGGUCCCCCUCCACCGCCCCCUCCUCCAGGCGGGGGCCCGCCACCUCCGCCCCCUAUGGGGGGCUUCAGUUUUGCUCAGAUGGUGGAGAAGGCCCCACGGAAAGUGGCCAUUGAACCGGCGUGUCCCAUGAAGCCUCUGUACUGGACCAGGAUACAGAUCGAGGACAACAACAACAACACACUGUGGGGUUCUCUGGAGGAGCCGAACAUCGUCAACGCCAAUGAGUUUGAGGAUCUGUUCUCCAAGGCCACGCUGCAGACGAAGAAGAAGCCGCUGUCCGACACCUUUGAGAAGAAAGCCAAAACUAAGAAGGAAAUGGUCAAGAUAACGAAACACUACGAGAAUUCUACGGAGGAGGAAGUCAAGCUGCUGGACAAACCUGAGCAGUUCCUCUAUGAGCUCUCCCAGAUUCCCGACUUCGCCGGCCGAGCCCACUGCAUCAUCUUCCAGUCGGUGUUCCUCGACAACAUCUCCUCCGUUCGGCGCAAGGUGGAGAUCGUCUCCAAUGUCAGCAAAGAGCUGUUAGAUUGUAAUAGCUUGCGGGACGUCAUGGGUCUUGUUCUGGCCUUCGGGAACUACAUGAACGGUGGGAACAGGACAAGAGGUCAGGCGGAUGGCUUCGGACUGGAAAUCCUCCCCAAACUAAAGGACGUCAAAAGCAGGGACAAUCGCAUGAACCUGGUGGAUUAUGUGGUUUUAUACUACCUGCGUAAUUUUGACCCGCAUGCCGGCACCGAAAAGAGUGUGUUCCCCAUGCCGGAGCCUCAGGACUUCUUCCAGGCUGCCCAGGUGAAGUUUGAAGACCUCACCAAGGACUCGAAGCUGAAGAAGGAUCUGACCGCUUGCGAGAAGACCAUGCAGAAGGUGUGUGCCAACCCGUCAGAGGAAUACCUCCAGCCCUUCAAGGAGAAGAUGGAAGGAUUCAUCUCCGCUGCUCAAAAGGAGCACUCAGCUGAGGAGGAUCGACUCGAGGCCGCACAGAGGAGUUUCCAGGACAUGGCGAGCUACUAUGGGGUCAAGCCAAAGUCCGGGGAGAAAGACGUGUCCCCGGGUCUCGUUUUCAUGCUUUGGUACGAGUUUUGCAACGACUUCAAGAACGCCUGGACGCGACAGAGCAAGAACAUCUCGAAGGAGAGGUUGAAGGAAGCUCAAGAAAACAUCAAGAAGAUCACAGCAGAGAAGCGAGUCGAAACCAAGAAGGUCAAUGCCAACAGCCUGAAAGAGCGUCUGCGGCAGAAGGAAGCCGGCGUGUCUUCCAGCUGAGUGAAGAGACCAAGUGACGGAGCAUCGCAGGUGAGAAGGUCUGCGGGUCGCUCUCCUGCGCUUACCACCUGCCUCCAGAAACACCACUGAACCCUCCUCCCCCCCCCGUAUACGGACCCCCAAUAAAACCCGGACUCUCCACACUCCCACAGACAUAUCUGAUCCCCCCCCCCCCCGUCCAGAGAGGAGGGGCGGGGCCUGCAUGGUUGACACGGCCGAAGUGAUGGGAUUCUUAAAGGCCAAAGGUUGAUCUCUUUCAUCCGGCGGGGCAUGGCCUCUGAGUGCCCGGCUUGUGAAAGGUCUCCAGGGGUCAGCGGGAUUCACCACAGCAGAAGGGGGGGGGGGG